CGGUCGUGAUGCAGUGAACCCGCUCUGCGCAGAACCAGGCUCGCUGUAUAAAAACGGCUGCGCUUCCACAGAGCGAGUACAACAACAUCGGGACACGCGCGCGUCAAGUCACUGCGGCUCAUCAACCCAAAACAAAAGUCCGACCCGGCACAGACGCAGACAUGCGGGCCACUAAGAGCGGGAUCAGUUGGAGACUUUUUCUAUUUUCCUGCCUGUUUCUGGAGAGUUCGUCUCAAGACUUUGGCGGACAGACGCAGUUCAUAUGUACGUCCGUGCCCAAGGAUAUGGACAUUUGCGCAGCCACUUUGCAGAACAGCGUGCCAGGAGAGGACUUGAAGACCACCGUCAUGCAACUGCGGGAGACGGUUUUGCAGCAGAAAGAGACGAUCAUGAACCAAAAAGAGACCAUCAGGGAACUGACCUCAAAGUUGGCUCGAUGCGAGAGCCAGAGCGGCGGCGAGCCCGUGGACGCGCGGCCCGGGGGCAGGAGGAAAGACGCUGGGGCAAAAAACACGAUGGGGGAUGUAUCGAGGGGCCCCGCGGACACUUUGGCGCAACUAUCACAGACUUUACAGUCGCUAAAGCAGAGGUUAGAAAACCUGGAGCAAUUCAGCAGAAGUAACAACUCGGUGCAGGCGAACAGCCUCAAAGACCUGCUCCAAAGUAAAAUCGACGACCUGGAGAAGCAGGUGUUGUCCCGGGUGAACAGCAUCGAGGAGGGGAAGCCCGGACUCCGGAAUGAGACGGAGCAGCGCGGCAGAGUGGAGUCCACGCUCACGUCUCUACACCAGAGGAUCACCGACCUGGAGAAAGGUCAGAGAGACAACAGGCCUCUGGAUAAAUUCCAGCUCACGUUCCCACUGAGAACCAACUACAUGUACGCAAAAGUGAAGAAGAGUCUGCCAGAGAUGUACGCCCUCACCGUGUGCAUGUGGCUAAAGUCCAACGCGUCCCCGGGAGUGGGCACACCGUUCUCCUACGCAGUCCCGGGUCAAGCCAACGAGCUGGUCCUCAUAGAGUGGGGAAACAACCCGAUGGAGAUACUAAUAAAUGACAAGGUCGCCAAGCUGCCUUUUCUCAUCAAUGACGGAAAGUGGCAUCACAUCUGCGUGACCUGGACCACUCGUGAUGGUGUCUGGGAAGCUUUCCAAGAUGGCGUCAAAAGAGGGAGUGGAGAGAAUCUGGCUCCAUAUCAUCCCAUCAAACCACAGGGCCUGCUGAUCCUGGGUCAAGAGCAGGACACACUCGGAGGAGGAUUUGACGCAACACAAGCUUUUGUUGGAGACCUGGCGAAUUUUCACAUCUGGGAUCGGAAACUAUCUGUCGGAGAGAUAUACAAUCUGGCGACGUGCAGCAGCAAAGCGCAAGUGGGCAACGUUUUUGCGUGGAUGGAGACGAGCCUCGACAUUUACGGAGGUGCCUCAAAGUGGACAUUUGAAGCCUGUCGCCAGCUCAACUGAACUGCAGGGAAAGAGGAGAUCAGUGAAUUUUGUCAAAGCCACUCUGUUGUCACAGCCGUGGUAAAGUAAUUUGAAAAGUCAGGAUUAUUUCAAUGAAUAGCAUCUGGAUUUGUUAUAGAUAUAUGAAAACAUCAUUCUGGACACUUGAUAGAUUUUUACCAAAUACUCAUGUGGGGACAGGUCACUGCAAACGGGACACCUUGGCAUCCCGUGGCGCUUGAACGCACCAUCAGGCCUAGUUGUGGUUUGGAAGAAGCAGCCGCUGACGCUCCAGAGAGCAGAGGACGCUCUCGGGGGAUCGAAACGUCAGGCCGGCAUCAAAAGUACAGUAGGAGGUUAUGUAGUUUUUAGCCAACAGAUGUCACGCAAUUCAGCAAAACAACUGACUUCUUCAAACGUCUUUUCUGUCUCGACUGCCAGGGUUUCUCACUGUGAAAAGGACAAGGUGGACUUCUUUAAAAAGAGAGGUGCUCUUCAGGAGGUCAUAAAAUAGACAACUUUGCUUCUCUCUCACUAUUCUUUCUCUUCCACCACCUGCUUGACGUGAUUUUGUGUAAAGAAUGACAUAUAUAUUGCCAACAUUCGAGCCUGAGUGCCUUGGGCUGUUGAAAAAAAAAAAAAAAAUUUCAGCACAUUCAUUACGAUUUGCAGAGUGUUCGUGUUUAUUUUCUUGUAAAAAUUAUUUUGAAAAGGUGUUUCUUGUAACACUCUGAAUGGGGUUGGAUCAGAUUGUUUAUUGAAAAAUGCAAUUCAUUGAUGAUAAUGACGCAUUUUGCAGAUGUUUGUACUUCAAUGGGAAUGUUCUCUGUACAGUAACAGCAUGUCUUAACUUCUGUAAAUGCUGCGUCAGCAUCUAUGAUCUUUGCUUUUACGAUAUGAAUUUGAGAUUUUAUACUGUAUUGUUACAUGCUUAAAGCAUGGCAAGACGGACAGAUGAAAAAAGUUCUAGUUUUUGUAAUAAAUUGUGAUACUUGAAUCAUA